AUGCUUCUACCGACCUUAAGUCCUUAUUUUACAAACUGGACCUCCAUUAUAUUAGCAUUACUUGUUAUUUAUGUAGCACACUUCUACUAUAAGUAUUUUACUCGUCAAAACCCAUUGCCAGGCCCUAUACCAAUUCCAAUUUUAGGAACCAUUCAUAUACACGGAAAAAAUCCUCAUUCAUGGUACAAAAAAAAUGCUGAAAAGGCGGGCACGAUUUGGGAAUUUUAUAUUGGCUUUCAACGUUAUAUAAUUAUCAACCAUGUUAAACAUAUUGAAAAAAUUUACAAACCAACUUUAACAUUUUUCAAACGACCUCCAAUUCCUUCAUUUGAAAAAUUAGGACUUGAUAAAGGAAUAUUUUUUAAUAAUGACCAUAAUUCGUGGCACCGAAAUCGUAAAUUAAUAGCUCGUGCAUUAUCAACGCCGAAAUUCUUUAGUGGAUUUGUAUUUAGUGUUCAAAAACUAUUCAAAGAAUCUGAGGAAAGAUGGAAUUUAACUAUAAAAGAUGGUAUAGAAUUUGACAUUAGUUUGUGGAUAAAGUUCUUCGCAACGGAUCUCGCGAUUAUUCAAAUCACAAAACUACCAUCUUGCAGUUUAGUUUCAUUUGACUCAAGUAAUGAAAUAGUUCGCUCAGAAGAAGAAAAAAAAUCAUUAGUGAUAGCUAAUUCCAUACAUACCUUUAUUGAAUCGCUUACAUUUUUUAUGCUUACUCCCUCAUUUAUAAUGAAUUACGUGCCUAGCUUUACAUCAUUCAGAAAGAAAAGCGAACGCAAUAUUGAUUUUAUUAAUAAUACUAUAAUAAAUAUUGUUAAUAAAAGAAAACAAGAACUUAAAGAAGGCGCAGAUCUAAGUUCGGAUUUAUUAGAUAGUUUGUUGAUGGCUCAUACUUUACAAAAUCCCGAAUAUAAUGAUGAUAGCGACAAUAUGGCACCGAUUACAGCUUAUGAAGUUAACGCUAUUUUAUGGGAUGUUCUAUUAGCCGGCAUUGGCUCGACCAAUGAUGCAUUCUGUUUCGUGGUAUAUAAUAUUGCAAAAAAUCCGGAAAUUCUUAUCAAGAUUCGUAAAGAAAUCGAUGAAGUUUUUGGGUCUGACUUUAAUGAUUAUUUCACUAUUGAAAAACUUAUAAAUUGCCGUUACACUGAAGCAGUUAUUAAGGAAUCAAUGCGUUACAUUGCACCGGCACCGUUUACAGUAAAAGUUUUAAGCUCUGAAGAAAAUAUUGCUGGAUAUAAUUGGCCAAGCGGAACCAGCUUUUGGAUAGAUCAUCAAAAUAUUUCAAACAAUCCUGAUUAUUGGAAUGAUCCUAAAAUUUUCAAUCCUGAUAGAUUUUUAAAUGAAGAUAAUACUAGCAAUGAUUUUACACUGUUUGGUGGUGGCGUCAGAAUUUGUCCUGGAAAACAUAUGGCGAUGAAUUGGUUGAAGAUCUUGACAGUUAAAUUUUAUAGUAAGUAUAAUGUUGAAUUAGUUAAAGAUGAAAAUAUAAAAUACAAUUAUAAUGGCGCGAAUGUGGUUUAUGAUUUGAAUGUUAGAAUCAGCCUAAGAGAUAUCAAC